UUAGUCUUUGUCCGUUGGAAGGACGGAUCUGUUCACAUUUUGUUGUAGCGAGUCCCAAUUGAAAUUUGGGUAACACCUUUUUCUCUGCUCUUUUCCAUCCAAUCUUCGCCGGUGAAAAAUGUCUCCAACCGUCGAUGAAUCCGAGACUCAGAAUGGAGUCGAACCCGAUCCUAAACCAAAAUCCGAACCCGACGGAGCUGUAGCAGAGCCACAACCUGAAGCAGAAGAAACCAAUCAAUCUGAACCGAAACCAGAAGAUGGAGCAGAGGCGAGCGGUGCAGAUCCCAAGCUGGACCGACCCGAAGAAACCUCGAUCCGAUCCAAUGACAACUCUCAGGACACUCCCUCCGACUCUGCACCUCAAGAGAGCGCACAACCAGAGCUGCGCAAAGACCAAGGAAGCCGAACGUUUACCAUGAGAGAGUUGCUCAAUGGUCUCAAAAAUGACCAAGGAAAUGACCCACCCUACGACGCUUCCUCUCCUUACAGUCAAGAAACUCCAGAACAACAACACACCAUCCAGAACAAUGCUGCGAUGGAGUUGAUUAACAGUGUCACAGGUGUUGAUGAUGAAGGUCGAUCUCGUCAGCGGGUUCUUACAUUUGCCGCUAGAAGAUAUGCUAGUGCAAUCGAGAGAAACCCUGAAGAUUAUGAUGCACUAUACAAUUGGGCAUUGGUACUUCAGGAAAGUGCUGAUAAUGUUGGUCCAGAUUCUACUUCACCUUCUAAAGAUGCUUUGCUUGAGGAAGCUUGCAAAAAGUAUGAUGAAGCUACCCGCCUUUGCCCGACACUUCAUGAUGCUUUCUAUAAUUGGGCCAUAGCAAUCUCUGAUAGAGCAAAAAUGCGAGGCCGCACAAAAGAGGCUGAAGAACUAUGGAAGCAGGCUACCAGAAACUAUGAGAAAGCCGUCCAGCUUAACUGGAACAGUCCCCAGGCACUUAACAACUGGGGACUUGCUCUGCAAGAACUGAGCGCAAUUGUGCCUGCACGAGAGAAGCAAACAAUUGUACGAACUGCAAUUAGUAAGUUCCGUGCGGCUAUCCAAUUGCAGUUUGAUUUCCAUCGAGCAAUCUACAACCUUGGAACUGUUCUGUAUGGAUUAGCAGAGGACACUCUAAGAACCGGAGGAUCUGGUGGUCCAAAAGAUAUUUCCCCUAAUGAGUUGUACAGCCAAUCUGCUAUCUACAUUGCUGCUGCUCAUGCAUUGAAGCCAAACUACAGUGUUUAUAGCAGUGCCUUGCGGCUGGUUCGUUCCAUGCUCCCUUUACCAUACCUUAAAGUUGGGUAUCUUACUGCACCACCGGUGGGCAAUCCAGUUGCACCUCAUGGUGAUUGGAAACGUUCGCAAUUUGUUUUGAAUCAUGAGGGGCUUCAACAGAUUAACAAAGUUGAGAAACAAUCAUUGCAAAGCCUUUCUGGUAGAUCAGAAGAUGCAAUGAAAAUUGACAAAAGAGCUGUCAAAGUUGAUAUCCGAGACAUUAUUUCUGUUUCACCAUGUGCUGAUCUGACUUUACCUCCCGGUGCUGGCCUCUGCAUUAAUACAACCCGUGGACCUGUCUUUUUUGUUGCUGACUCUUGGGAAUCCAUGGAUGGCUGGCUUGAUGGAAUCCGUUUAGUCUACACAAUCUAUGCACGAGGCAAGACUGAUGUUCUGGCAGGUAUUAUAACAGGCUGAUUUUGUUUUCACUUUUACCCCAAUUGAAUGUGUAACAAAUGUUAUGAUUUUAUUGGAUGGAUGUACAAUAUAGGUAUUGAGAAUUUGCUUGCGCAAAUAAAAUUUCUGUAAAUUAUAAAUUUUGAGAUAGAAUGUUUAAAACGUUUAAUAUGCUUUUCUCAUUAUUCA